GAACCCAGGUGUCUACUGUAUACUGAUCCACAACACAGGAACCCAGGUGUCUGCUGUAUACUGAUCCACAACACAGGAACCCAGGUGUCUGCUGUAUACUGAUCCACAACACAGGAACCCAGGUGUCUACUGUAUACUGAUCCACAACACAGGAACCCAGGUGUCUGCUGUAUACUGAUCCACAACACAGGAACCCAGGUGUUUGUCUCUCACAAGACUUGCUCAGUGUGCCUGGAUGAAUUUUGCGAGAAGAGGCUCCCAAAAUACCUUACAUGUCAUCACACUUUCUGUGAUGAGUGUAUCCACCAGUUGCUCAAGUUUGGCAAGAUUGAGUGUCCUCUGUGUCGCAAGAUCACUCAAGUUACCUCAGCUGACGUCCUCCAGACCAACAAUGAUGUUCUGACUAUGGCAAACUACGGAAAUCUUUUUGUUAAACAGUUUCUCAUUUCCCACAGUCUGUGGUGUCAUGACUGCCAAGACAUACCCAAGGCCACCUGCAUGACCCACAACGUUAGCAACCGGUCAGCCACCUCCUGCGCUACCAUUGGUCAACAGGUACAGUAUGCAUGUGUGGACAGAACUGUGGAAGCUUGGACCCCCAGUGUAAUGCGCCUAGUAGAGACGACACAAGGCUGGGCUCUCAUCGCUGUCGAUGCAACCUACUCAACUAUAACUAGCAUUUCAGAAUAUGUAACUCCAUUAACAUCUUAUAUCACUGACUGGUUUAAUUCUUUCAUGGAAAAUACUAAUCCUUGAUGAAAAAUAAAUUCAAGGACAUAGAUUAAAUGUAUUGUACUAGUAUAUACAGUGUAUUGGUAGUAGCAGGGAUUAGCAGAUUUAUUUGUAAAAUAAUAUACACGUUAACUGUAUAAUAUUACAGUUUAUUGUAUUCUUGAAUGUCACAACUAAUAAAUAAAAUUAUGUGAUUUUAUGAAAAA